AUGAGCGCAUCCUUAGAACAGAAUGGCUCGGGCCUAUUCAGCCUCCCGUGGGAAAUCCGUGAAAAGAUCUACGAGUACUACCUCUCAUUCGAUCACGACGAUUUCGGCGACACAGUCCGGCCGUUGCACGUCUACUUUGAGCAAGGGGAAUACAAGAAACCUCUACCGCCGCUCAUGUUGACCUGUAAGCGCGUCUACCGCGAGCUCCACCAACCUGUCCACGCCGACGCCAUCAUGCGCGUGCACUCCCAUGGCUACGGCGACCGGCGCAUCGGCUUCGCCGUCCACGGCACCCUUCGCUUCGAGCGCCUGCGCCGGCUGUACGUUCUCAUCGCUAUGGAGUAUCCCAAUUGGAACCGGUGGCUGGCCAUCUUCGCCGAGGUGGCGCGGCGGGCGGAGGGCUUGGCGGAGCUUGUUAUUGAUUGGGAGCCGAGACCGGGGCCGCCGAACCCGAAAGUGUGGGAGGCCAAGUUGACGGAGAAGAAGCACGAUGAGUUCUUUGGGGUGUUGGCGGCGUUGAAGGGGUUGGAGAUUGUGAGGUUUUACGGAGAGAUGCCUGAGGGGUGGAGAGAGAGGUUUGAGAGGGAGGUUGAUGCGAGGCUUGUGUGUUAUGGGUUCAAGUGGUGGAAGGAGACUGGGCUGGAGUGA